AUGGGAAAGACAAAGGCCAAGGCGGCAAAGAAGUCCGUAGACUCGAAGGCAGCGGCCAAGGCGGCGAAGAAACUGAAGCAGGAGAAGAAGGCGGCCAAGUCGGACACCAAGGCGAUCAAGAAGAAGAAGGGGAAGGACAAAGAGGAGGCAUGGGAGGAAGACGACUUCUUGACAUCGCUGGAGCAGUUCAAGCAGAAAUGGGCGGAGGACCACAAGGUAUCGGAGGACAUCGUCGAAGGACCGCCAUCACGCCGCGCAAACUGCACACUGACAGCUUCACCCGUCUCCGACCACCUCUUCCUCUUCGGCGGCGAGUACUUCGACGGCCAGAAAGUCGAGAUGUACGCCGACCUGUACCGCUACGACCCGUCGAAGAACGAGUGGCGGCGAUUCACCUCGCCGACUCAGCCAGGUCCGCGAGCAGCGCAUCAGGUUGUCGGGACUGCGGCGGGAGGCGGAAAGCUGUGGGUUCACGGCGGCGAGUACUCCGCGCCGAACCAGACAUCCUUCUACCACUACCACGACCUGUGGUCCUUUUCGCUCGACACGCAGCAAUGGGAACGGUGGGAGACGAAGCAGCGCCCCUCAGCGAGAUCGGGUCACAGGAUAGUCGCCUGGAAGAACUACAUCUUCUUAUUCGGCGGUUUCCAGGACACCGGAAUCCGCACGACCUACUUGAACGACCUGUGGGCUUGGAGUUUGACCGACUUUCGAUGGCACAAGGUCGAGUUCAGCGAGCUCGAGCGCAAGCCUCCCGCUCGCUCCGGCUUCUCCUUCCUGCCGACGACAGAAGGACUUGUCCUACACGGCGGCUACACCAAGAACUACGAAGGCAAGCGCGUCACGGGUGUCGCGCUCAACGACACCUGGCACCUCAAGAUCCCUCCUCUCGCUGAAGACGGCUCGCUCGACUGGAAGAAGUUCAAGUGGGAGAAGCGGAAGAACCCUGGCAACCCGCCGAACCCGACUCGCUCAGGCUGCACGAUGGCCUACUGGGCGAACAAGGGGAUGGGCAUUCUCUUCGGCGGCGUCAGCGAUGACGAUAAGGAUGAAGAGACGCUCGACUCGACGUUCUACAACGAGCUCUUCGGCUACAACACAACCGGCAAUGGUCGCUGGAUCCAGCUCAUGCUUCGACGGAAGAAGAAGAUCGGUGGUGGCGGGAACAAGAAGAAGGAGAAGCGGAAGGCGGCUGCAGCGGCUGCUGCUGCUCUCGCUGCCGGGAACGGCACGACCGGUGAGGAAGGCGCGGACGGCGAGGAUGGUGAGAAGCGACACAAGGAGGGUGGAGAAUCGGAUGACGAGGACGAGUACAUGAGCAGCGACGACGACGAGCCCAAGCCUUGGGAGAUUGCGCGAGCUCGGCGCGAGAUGGAGCGGGAGAUGGAGCGGGCGGCAGCGCAGGCGGGCAUGUCGGUCGAUCAGCAUGCGGUCGCAAGCGCGGCCGACUCGGGUGCGCCGGUCGUCGCGAACGCUGCGCCGGAGAACGACGAGGACGACCCGGACAGGACGAUCCCUGGACCCCGCUACAACGUGAUGAGCGCAGUCUUGCGCAACACCCUCUACCUCUACGGCGGCAUCCUUGAAGCCGGCAACCGCGAGUAUACCCUCGCCGACUUCCACGCCCUCAGCCUCGACAAGCUCGACCGCUUCACCUGCUUGCGCGAGGACCGCAUCGAUGCUGCGGAAUGGCACGGUUCGGACUCAGAGAACGACGACGAUUCCGAUUCGGAGGACGAGGAUGGCUCUAUGUUUGAGCGCAGCGAUGGCGAGGGUGAGGAGGGAGAGGAAGACGACGGUCAAGCGCCGGAGGAGACGGAGCCCAUGGAGAUUGAGAUUGACGAGCUGGCGUUAACGGAGGCAGAGCUUGCGGCUAAGAAGGCCGAGAAGGAGAGGAUCGAGCGCGAGGCCCUGCAGAAGAAGGCGCAGGCUUUCGCAGGCGUUUCUACGGACGCUGCCCGCACGGCCGAGGAGAUUGUCUCGACACCACAACCUGGCGAGACUCGCGCGCAGUUCUUCGACCGCGGCCGCGAGUACUGGACGCAGAAGGCGCACGAGCUGAAUGCGGGCGCGCGCGGGAAGGAGUUGCGGCGGGACGGCUUCGCACUGGCGGAGCAGCGAUAUGAGGAGUACAAGCCUUUGCUGGAGGAGCUUGCGCGCAUGCAGGAGCAAGCCGGUAUCGACGCAGCGGCGGCAAAGGCUGGUGCGCGCGCUGGAUUGGGCGCAGAGUCUCGCAACCGGCGAUAG